AUGGAAGCCCACAGCGUACAAGUUCGAGAGGCGUGCGACCGGCGUGCAUGGGUCCGCGACUCCGACCGCAGCUCGUGCAAGGAGUGCACCAAGGGCUUCUCGCUCACGCGCCGGCGUCACCACUGCCGCGUCUGCGGCGACAUAGUGUGCCACAGCUGCAGCGCGACAGUCUACCUCCGCAACACAACGAGCAACGUCGGGCGCGCCUGCCAAAGCUGCGCGCGUCCGUCACCCGACCAGAGUACCCCCCCGCCGGCGGUUUACUGCGUCAUUUGCCUCGACCCGUUCGCGGCGCAAAGCGAUGCGCUAGUUGUGACGCUGCCGUGUCAGCACGCGUUUCAUCGCCAUUGUGCCGACCCUUGGCUCGCAACGCACGACGAGUGCCCUCUGUGCCGCCACCAGCUCUCGCAGGAUCGCACUGCGUUUUUAGAGUUCAUUUCCUUUUAA